AUGAGACCCUUUAAUGCCUCGUUGCUAUCCUUGAGGGCCCGAAUUCCGGGCCUCGGAACUUCCACGUGCCCAUUAUACACUAGCACACGCCGAUUUGCGCAGGUCGCAAAUGUGCAAGACAUACCAACGGAAGAUGACAAGCCCUUCACAGUCCCCAUUGCGGACACGAGCUUUGAGACAUACCAUUUCGAUCCACCAACGUACUCGGUAAAAACCACCAAGAGUCAACUCAAACAGCUGUUUCGUGACAUGACAACAAUUAGACGAAUGGAACUCACCGCGGACGGAUUGUACAAACAAAGGAAGAUCCGUGGAUUCUGCCACUUAUCGAUCGGACAAGAGGCCGUCUCAGUGGGAAUCGAGCAUGCGAUUACACGAGAAGAUAAGCUUAUCACCGCCUAUCGCUCUCACGGCAACACGCUGAUGCGCGGCGGCACCAUCAAAUCGAUUCUGGGAGAACUCCUAGGUCGCCGCGACGGUAUCGCGCAUGGAAAAGGCGGUUCCAUGCACAUGUACGCCAAGAGCUUCUUCGGUGGGAACGGCAUCGUAGGCACAAGUGUGCCUCUAGGAACCGGUAUCGCAUUCGCUCAGCAGUAUGACCAGACGGGCAACAUCACGGUCAACCUGUACGGCGACGGGGCAGCCAAUCAAGGCCAAGUACACGAGGCGUUCAACAUGGCGAAGUUGUGGAACCUGCCCGUCAUUUUUGGCUGCGAGAAUAACAAGUAUGGAAUGGGAACGUCGGUUGAACGAGCAUCUGCCUCAACUGAGUACUACAAGCGUGGCCAGUAUAUCCCGGGGCUCAAGGUUGAUGGAAUGGACGUUCUGGCGGUUCUGGCUGCUAUGAGACAUGGUCGGGAAUGGGUGAAGGCAGGAAAGGGACCGCUGGUCUACGAGUACGCAACCUAUCGGUUUGCUGGGCACUCCAUGUCGGACCCUGGAACUGCCUAUCGUACCCGUGAAGAACUGCAGACGGAGCGAUCAAACGAUCCCAUCUCCAACCUGAAGUCGAAAUUGAUAGAUUGGGGUAUCAUGACGGAAGAUGAGGCACGGGCUGUGGAUAAAGAAGUCCGAGGAAUGGUGAGUCGUGAAGUUGAGGCAGCUGAGCAGAUGCCUGUGCCUGAACCAAGGUGGGAUGUCUUGUUCGAGGAUAUCUACGUCCCUGGAAGUGAACCUGAUCAGAGACGUGGAAGAACCGUGGACGAAACAGUUUACUAG